CGUUGACUGCUGUGCGAUGUACUAUCCAUUCCAACAAGCGUAGACUCUUCUAUAUUACUCCAACCACUCUUUUUUCCUCCAUCCACUGAACCAAAUCCUCAUAGCUUGAUUGUGAUUUUGAGAGUAUCCUUCUCUGAUUUUUUCUCUCCAAAAUCAAAAUCUGUUGAACCCUUUUCCUCCUCAUAAGAUUCUCUCUCCCUUUCUAAUAAUUAUCUGACUUUUAUCCUCUCACAUCCACAAAUGCUUUUCUCAAAGAAUGGCCAUAGAUUCUUCAAAUUCAGAAGCCAGGUUUCUUGCCCAUGUCUUUUAUACUGUCUUUUCAAUUUUUGAUAACCUUUUCACCCUCAUCAAACUCUCUUCAUCAUCCACAAGAAUUUUCAACCAAAGCACUCAUCAGUCUUUUGGCUCAACACUCACAAUCUUAUUUGGUGUGACCUUAUUGUGGGACUACACACAGUAAUCAUUAUUGUUCUUCUUUAAUAAUCCAUACAACAAACAGUUUCCAAAAUAUCCCUCUCAAAGGAGUGGCACCUCUUGUUGUUAUUGCCACUCUUCUCCUAUAUUUUAAGUCCUUCAUACACACCAAGAUUUAUUCACAAGUUAACACCAAUGGUUCACAAGCACUUCUACGAGCUUUCAUGUGGAGUUGUUGAAAUGGCUUGGAUUAUGCUUAGUGUUGACUACUCACGCCUCCUGUGGCAAUUGUUUGGAGUAUUUUCUUACGAGAACCAUGAAUGGAAACCUCGGAUCAUCUAGCACACACCCUUCAGUUUAGUCACAUAAUAGUUACAUAUAAUAUUUAAUUUGUUGCCGAGUUUUCAAUACUAGUAGCUGUAAGUCUAUAAUACUCGUCCAUAGUAAUUCUAUCUGGCUCGAGCAGGAUUACCUCCUGUGAUAAAUACCUGUGCCGGUUAAGUCAGAGUUGUGGUGAUCAGUGAUCGAGCCACAGCAAGAGCCAUGUACAAGGGAAGAUUAGGAGGCAAGGCUCAGCUUGGAUAUGUUGAAACUGACCCUUUGGGUCGAUAUGGACGUUUCAGGGACAUUCUAGGCAAAGGAGCAGUGAAGGUAGUGUAUAGGGCCUUUGAUGAGGUCCUAGGAAUAGAGGUGGCUUGGAACCAAGUCAAGCUUGGUGAUGUGUUUCAUUCACCAGAUCUACUUCCGAGGCUUUAUUCAGAGGUUCAUCUCCUCAAGAACUUGGAACAUGACUCCAUCAUGACCUUCCAUGAUUCUUGGAUUGAUGUCAACUGUAGAACCUUCAACUUCAUCACCGAAUUGUUCACAUCUGGCACCCUACGAGAGUAUAGAAAGAAGUACCAGCGAGUAGAUAUCAGAGCAGUGAAGAAUUGGGCACGCCAGAUUCUAAGUGGCUUGGAGUAUUUGCACAGCCAUGAUCCUCCUGUGAUACAUAGAGACCUCAAAUGUGACAAUAUCUUCAUCAAUGGCCAUCUGGGGCAGGUCAAGAUUGGUGACUUGGGCCUUGCAGCCAUUCUCCGUGGCUCCCAACAUGCACACAGUGUCAUAGGUACACCAGAAUUUAUGGCACCUGAAUUGUAUGAAGAGGAAUACAAUGAGCUGGUCGACAUAUACUCCUUUGGGAUGUGCAUGAUAGAAAUUUUUACUUCUGAGUUCCCGUACAGCGAGUGCUCUAACCCUGCUCAGAUAUACAAGAAAGUUACUUCGGGGAAGCUACCAGAAGCCUAUUACAGAAUCCAUGACUUGGAAGCCCAAAGAUUUGUGGGAAAAUGUUUGGCAAAUGUCUCAGAGAGGUUGUCAGCAAAGGAGCUCUUGUUGGACCCAUUUUUAGCCAAGGAACAACUAGACUCUCCACUUCCUAGCCCAACAUUACCUAAAAAACAAGCCCCCACACUCAAUUUCACUGCAUCACUUGCCAAAGAGUUAUCUCAGCCAAAGAGUAACCAAACAAAGGACUCACACAUGACAAUCACCGGAUCAAUAAAUGAAGAGGAUGACACGGUUUUCCUGAAAGUACAAAUUUCUAACAAAGAUGGGCAAAAGAGAAACAUUUUCUUUCCAUUUGACACCAUAUACGACACUGCCAUUGAUGUGGCAAUGGAGAUGGUUAAAGAACUGGAGAUUAGUGACUUGGAACCAUUGGAGAUUGCUAAAAUGAUUGAGGAGGAGAUAUCAGCUUUGGUCCCUAAAUGGAGGGAUUGGGGCAGUGCUGAGUAUCAAAAGCAGCAUAGUUUUAGCUAUGAAGAAGAGUAUGACAUGAGUAACCACCACCCUUUCUUCUCAACAUCUUCUCGCUCUUCCUCUCAUGCUUCUCUUCCAGUGUUUGGUUCUUCCUACAAGAAUAAUUCCCACUAUCGUGGGAAUCAUUACCCUUUUGCUCAAGAUUGGCCUCAAGGUUGGCACCAAAACAACCCCCAGCAAAACCUGCACCACCCCAUAUCAUUCAUCAAAAGAAUAAGAAAAAGCAACAAAGAACCAAGGGGGGACAUGGAGCCAAACCCUUGGAAGGUCAAACUAAACUAUACUUAAACCUGUAGUAAGGUAGAGCUAUUCUGUCCAGUACAAAAAGAUUAGAGAUAAAAGCGGGAAAACACAACUAUAGAAGUUAAUUUAGUCCUUAACAUUACAAAAAUGCAAGACUCUAGAAGUUAUCUAUUGAACCUUCCAACAGAGUAACGCCUCCGUCUUUCUAGUUAGGCAUUUGAGUGUCUGUGGACCGUCUAACCGAGUAAUUAUCUAUGCUUUUAAGACUUGGCACUUGAGGCCUUGUAACGCGUCCUAUUGAAGAUGAGUGAGUCUCUGAUCCUUGAGCUCAAUAUAAUGAUUUCUAGGAGACACACAAUAAAUAGUUGUGGCCAAUCCUUGCACGCCAAGUUACGCAUAAUAGAGGCUCACUAGGAUUUUUAAAGUUCGCGUUGAAGUUUAAAACUGAUAGGUGUGUUCUUUAAUGUGAUCAUCUGUCAAUAUAGUCCUUGACUUUAGUGUGUCACAAUCUCACAUACUAAAAUAACUUAUUAAAUAGAAACAACUUUUUUCUUCAUAAAAUCAAAAAUUAAAUUAACUAUUAGUUAUCAAAAUUUAUGAUUUUUAAUAACAACAAUUGACUAGAAAUGUCAAUUUCAAGGACUAUGUUGAUGUAUUACUCUCAAGGAAAGCUACUACUGUUAUUUUCAGUGCAGUUAAAGAAUUUGAUU